AUUUAGGAUCAGGGUUGAAAUUGAUCACAGCGAUUUCGAUUUGCAUCAGGGAUACGGAAGAUCACAGUAACUACGUUGCAAUUUUAGAACGACGGAAACGCUGGUCGCUAAUUAUUCUUACUGCCAUGUGGUCCGUGGAACGAACGCCGAGGUUGACGAAAAAUAUCAAAAUAAUAGCGUGUGUUUUGAUAAUAGCCAAUAUCGUCGUUGGAGUGGUGGUUAUCUCUAUUACUGACAUAACCCCAGUACACCCUCAAACACAGAACAUACAGACAAGGCUGAAAGAGAUCUGCAAUAGAUUGUUAAAAAACCUGGACUUUGCAAAUGAACCAUUCGAAGAGACCAAUGGGGGUGGUGCACCUGACCUACAGCUCCUGAAUCUCCUAAAGCCAGUUGUGCAUUUCUCUGGUCUCGACUUCGACCUACCAGAAGGAGAAAUGCACUCGACCACGCUCCGAAACUGGGCCAACCCUGAUGGUUCUGACAGAAAGCUCCUGUACAACGGGAUGAGUUACGAGAACGGCUCCAUCACAGUACCAGCAGCAGGAGUGUACCACAUCACAAGUCACGUCAAGUUCUACGUCAAGGACAACAGGAGGGACAAAAAGCCACUCCAAACAUUCCAGCACCAGGUUGUCCGCUAUAGCGCCUCCAGCCAGACACAGGUCGUGUUGUUUGAGAAUGCCGUGACUGAGUGUAAAGAGGGCAUCAACGACGGAGCUCACCUGGAGUACCCGAGUGAUGCUGAUGGACUGGCUCAGUUAGAUGCUGGAGAUAAUGUCAUAGUGAGGGUGUCUCAUUUCGAUCUCCUGCAACAUGAUAGAGACUGGCACUUUGCUGACAUGUAUCUUGUUUAACAUGUUUAUAGAACUUACCUGGGAAUGGUUUCUGAUUAUACAGGGUAUAAGGAUCCUGGACUCAUUUCCUUUCGGGAAACCUAUGAUCUCCGUUUUCUACGUUUUCCAGCACUAUACCAGUGCCCGUGGGUUUGACCAACAUGGUAAAGGUAUAAGAUCUGCAUCGUUUCCUCCCACAUUUAGCUGACACGCCGUAAUAACGAGAAUACUGUUCAAAGCGGCGUUAAUACCAACUCUCUCAGUGAUAAAGAAAAAUGUUAACUGUUAGUUGCUUAUUGUUUACAUUCAUACGCGGGGCGGUCGGGUAGCCUAGUGGUUAAAGCGUUCGCUCGUCACGCCGAAGACCCGGGUUCGAUUUCCGACAUGGGUACAAUGUGUGAAGCCCAUUUCUGGUGUCCCCCGCCGUGAUAUUGCUGGAAUAUUGCUAAAUUCAUACUCACUCACUCGCUCACUCACAUUCAUAUGCUUUUUGGUUCUGGUUUAGUUUGUUGUUUAACGCCGCACUAGCAAUAUUCCAGCCAUAUGACGGCGGUCUGUAAAUAAUCGAGUCUGGACCAGACAAUCCAGUGAUUAAUAUCAUGAGCAUCCAUCCACGCAAUUGGG